AUGGGGUCAACUGCUUUCCGUUCGCCGCAAGUGGUGAAAGCCGAGGGCGUGCCCUACUUCACCCCUCAAAACAAUGGCGGCGCCGCACUGAAUCCCCAGAACCCCGAAACGCCAACGUUGUUUCGUCCGCUGGAAAUCCGCGGUAAGAUGCUCAAAAAUCGCAUUAUGGUGGCGCCCAUGUGUAUGUACUCCGCGGAGUCAGACCCUAGCUCUCCUGCGGUAGGCGCCUUGACGGAUUUCCACAUAGCUCAUCUCGGUCAUCUCGCAUCGAAGGGUGCCGGUCUGGUCAUAAUCGAGGCGACGGCGGUUCAACCAAAUGGACGAAUCUCCCCAAACGACGCCGGACUCUGGCAGGAAGGAACGGAAUCGGAGCAAUUCAAAGGUCUGCGCCGUGUGGUCAAUUUUGCUCACAGCCAGGGUGCCAAAGUUGGGAUUCAGCUUGCCCACGCUGGCCGAAAAGCUAGUACCGUGGCACCCUGGCUGUCUUCCGAGGGAAAGAGAAGUAGCAUAAAAGCGGAUGAAAGUGUUGGUGGCUGGCCAUCCGAUGUUGUCGGUCCGAUGGGCGGCGAGGGGCAGAUGUGGGCUCCUGGCGACGUCAAAUACUGGCCUCCUCGGGAGCUUAGCACGCAGGAAGUAGAGGAAGUUGUGCGUGCUUUUGCGCAAAGUGCCAAGCUUGCGGUGGAAGCGGGGGUCGAUGUGAUUGAGAUACAUGGGGCGCAUGGCUAUCUGCUGAACCAGUUCCUAAGUCCGGUCACAAAUCGCCGCACUGAUAAAUAUGGCGGCAGCUUUGAGAACCGGAUCCGUCUGGUGUGUGAGGUUUGCACUGCCAUCCGUGCCGCUGUGCCAUCCGGAACCCCUCUGUUUCUUCGGAUCAGCGCCACAGAGUGGCUAGAAGACCAACCUAUUUCAGCGGAAACGCGGAGCUGGGAUAUGGCCUCAUCAAUCGAACUCGCCAAAUUACUUCCCGAGCUUGGUGUGGACUUGCUGGACGUCAGUUCUGGGGGCAACCACAAAGAUCAAAAGUUCCAGCCACACACAAACUACCAAAUUGACCUGGCGGGUCGAAUUCGCAAGGAGAUACGUGCGAUCGGCCAGAAGACCCUGGUGGGCGCCGUCGGCCUUAUUACGGAGGCCGAUGCGGCCCGCCGUAUCGUGCAGGGUGCGGAUGAGGCGCAUGCCGCAGAGACAAUGCUCACAGGACAAGAGCCCAAGGCCGACGCUGUGCUGAUGGCCCGGCAAUUCCUUCGGGAGCCUGAGUGGGUAUUUACAGCGGCAAAGAAGCUCGGGGUUGAGAUCUCGGUUUCCUGGCAAUUUGCUCGUGGCCUACUGUGA